AGAGAGAGAGAGAGAGAGAGAGAGAGAGAGAGAGACAGACAGCUGAGAACAUCCGCUGGAGGAGCAGACAGACAGACUGCGGGAAGAAGAGCGUAGCCGGGCGCAGGGACAUCUCCAGAACACACCGCUAAAAUGGGAGUCGAAAUCGAGACUAUAACCCCGGGCGACGGAAGGACUUUCCCCAAAAAAGGACAGACGUGUGUGGUGCAUUAUGUUGGCUCCCUGACAGAUGGACGUAAGUUUGACUCAUCUCGUGAUAGGGACAAGCCUUUCAGGUUCAAGAUCGGCAAACAGGAAGUGAUCCGAGGCUGGGAAGAGGGUGUAGUGCAGAUGAGUGUUGGUCAAAGGGCCAAGUUGACCUGCUCACCUGAAUACGCUUAUGGAAACAAAGGCCACCCGGGCAUCAUUCCUCCUAACGCCACCCUCAUCUUUGAUGUUGAGCUGCUGGGUUUGGAAUGAAACAGAUUCACGACCUGUUUUUUUUUUUUUGUUCUGUGUGACUUCCUACCUGGAUGACCUGGAGAGAAGCUAGGAGAGUCUGCACUUGAUUCUAUAAGAGGCUUGAGUCUAUAGUUCCACUACUUUUUUCAUCCAAAUAUGACAGUUUGUGUUAUUUUUGUCUCUGUGACUGAGUGAAUUAUAUUUUUCAGCAUAUUCUUCCUCCUAAAAACCAUGGGCCAUAACCUUACAAACCUCCAUGUUCCUAAUCUUGAAUUCUUUUGAAUUGCGCUUUACUUUUCUUUGUGUUUUCUGAAAAUGUUGGCUGUGCAUGGUUACGCUGAGAAGUACAAAAUACCAAUGAACCACUAGCAGUGACAUUCAUCUUGUAUGAGUCAAUGCGUACUAGUGUUAUAAUGUUCGAGAGCUGGUGCUUGUUAUAUUAGAGAAACAAAAAUGUAUACAAAAGAACAUGAAAAGCACACAUUUGUAUCCCUAUCCAGUUGAAAAUCAGAUCAAAUGAGACUGCUAGAGAUACACAGUAAGGCGUAGUGUUGAAUUUAGUGGCUAACUGUGGUGAAAUGUCAAGUGACAGGGAGGCCUUCACCUCAACACAGGAAUUAAGUUUGCUACAUUAAAUGCCCAUUUUUAUAUAGUGUCACUGUAUUUAAAUUGUUAACUGAAGCGCGAGCUCGAGAGGGGUAAUUGGCCCAAAGGAGAACCAAUCACAGUUGUAGAUAGAUCUAAUGUGUGCCUAAAUAUUCUCACCAGACACAUGGUUACUACCUUGCCCUGUCUGCAUGUUCUAGGCCCGAUGGAAACCCUAGUAUGUACAUGUUAAAGCUUUGCAUUCAAUUUGCAUUAUUAUCACCUUCUCAUCUCGCCAUGUCCUUAAACCCCAUUUAAAGCCAUACACAGGUUGAACAGAGCAAAGACAGGAUUUGCCUUGACACACAUCAAUUGGAUUAUUUUUUUCUUAGACAAAAAAGGAAAUGCUUGAAAUUUACAAAAGGGGGUUGAGGAAUCAAUCAAAUUGUGACCUCCCCCAUUAUUUUGUGUAACAACUUCAAUCAUGUAUUUUUCAAAUGCCAACUUUCUAUCUCUGAGAAUCAGCAAAGCUUAUUUAUAACCUAUGAUGAAAGAUAAUGUUUUUCAGUUUUUUUUGCCAGUGUCAGUUAAGUACCACACUGCCUAACUGAAGUCUGUGUUGUGGUAGAAAAAGAAGCAGACGCACGGGCACCCUAGUGGUUUUGUAUCUCAAAUAAAUAGUUUUAAAUGGAGUUUAAUGAAGGAAUAUGCUAGCCUGGCUGUCAGAUUUUGACAGUGGCUGUCAAUGUUACAUAUUGGCCAAGCUGCAACUGGUGCGGCAGCAGUCCACCUCUGUGCUGUGUAGUUAUUUGCUGAUACGUUACUGUAUGCAGACUAAACCAAUGACGACAUAUUUAAAAUAAAAGAAGUGCUCUCCACUUGC